AUGUCCAGCAUCCGCAAGCUCCAGGGCAAUCGCCCCAUGGUCAUCAAUCACCUCAAGCCGAUGAACCAGAUGCCUCAAACUCCACAAGCCCAUGCUUCGCAAUCGCCUCAAGGUCAAUACCCUAUCCAGCACCAAAUUUCAGGCCAACCACAGCAUUACCAGUCAUCUGCACAAGGCCCUCAACUUCAUCAAUCCCCUCUAGCUCAGAACCCAGGCCUCCCUCAACAAUACGUGCUUAGUCAACAGCCCAGUGCUCAAACAGUGCCUUACGGUGUCGCAGCACCGCCGACGCCGUCUCAGCAUCAACAACAAUACCAGCAACAAACAGCUCAAUUUUCUGCCCCGCCUUCAGCUUCAGCUCAAGGCCAGCUGCAAGCAACUGCCCAGUCUCUUUUUAAAUCUGGAAAGGGCUUCUUGGGUAAUAUCGCUAGCAACAUCAAGUCCAAAUACCCUGCCACAACUUCGUCCACAAUUUCUUACACAGGUGAAGCACCGAAACCGACAUAUAAUCCUGCACAACACCCUACCCAGACGCCUUUGAGUCCGACAAACUCGUUCCCUCAGGGAUAUGACCAGAGUCAGCAGGUGGCUGUUCAACACGAAUCGUCGACGUCACAACAAAACAUCUCGCCCAGUGCUUUAGGCUAUCCUCCCGCAUCGCAUCAAAGUUCUUUUCCCAUACAGUCGCAAGGGGUCCCUGGUCAGUCGUCACAACAAGUGCAUCAUGCUACUCAACAGUUAUACCAUCAACCACAAGUUCCCGUAAACGUAGUCGCUGUUGCUCAAGCUGCUACCUCGUCGCCGCCAGUCCAUUCGCCAACCGCAGCUGCCUCACCGUAUCCACAGCCAUCGCUGAAUCACCAGCAAUCAGACCCAUAUGCUCCAACAGCUCCAACUCAAGCCCCUCAAAUUGUUGCUCAUGCCGGACCAUAUGGCGCCUUGCCUGGGCAUCAACAGGGCCACCCACAAGCCAUUCCACUGCAGCAAAACUACCAUAGUCCUUCUUCAAACGCAACUCUACCACCAUCAUGGCCACAGCAGACCAGCCACAUCGCUUACAGCCCAGCUGUACCGACUACAAGUUCCGCAUCCGCGGGCCAAGAAACAGUACAGGUUAUCACUUCUGGCUAUGGGCCCGUAGGGAUGCACUCGCAGCAAUCAUACUACCAUAAUAGCCCCAUCACGCAAGCGUCACCAUCCACACCGCAUGUCAUCCCACAGAUGCAACAACCAACAGUAUCAUCCAGUCAUUCGCAGAGCCUUUCUCAGAUGGCCUCGCCGCUGCCACAGCAGCAAUACCAGAGCACCGUAGAGCCAGCAUACCAUCAACAGCAUCUUCACCAGCAGGGCCAGUUGACUGCAUCAGAGACAAAGCCACCGUCCCAUGUUCCUCCAUAUUCAGGUGACAACAGCGGCCCCGCCAACUAUACACAAGGCAACCCGUCCGGCCUUCCGUCACAGCAUCACCCCAAUAGCGCACCGACAGCCCAAAUUCACCACAGUGCCCCUUCUAUGCAAGGGCAGUAUCAAGCAACCUCACAGGCACAUCCUCAAUCGAUGCCUCAUGCACCUGAACCUGUGCCACAAACUGCGACACCAAACCAGAACCAUAUUCCUCUACCUUCGUCGCCUUUGCAGACCUUGAACCAACCCAGUGGCAUCCUACCAUCUGCACCAGAAGCCGGUAUCCAGCACCAAGCAUACAGCUUGACAGUGGCUCAACAAACACUACAGCCAAACUAUGGGCAACCCUUGUAUGACACCCCGACAAUUGUUGCAAACAACCAAUAUCAUCAGCAACUAGCAACCCAAGCUCCGGCUCCGGCUCCAGCUCCAUCUCCAGCGACAGCAGGCCAGGGAUUUCAGCCCCAUCAGCCUGCUCAACAACCAGUAAGCCCCUAUCAGCCCGUACCGGCCCCAAGUCAACCUGUCGACAAUGUCUAUCACCAAGAUCCGUUAACUUCUCUGUCGGCACAAAUGAACAAUUUAAAUGUGCAGAACAUUGAACAGCGCCAGACAAAUUCUGCGGUACUUCCUGUCCAUGAUGACGGACCACGAGGGCCACCAUCCUGUCUAGCAGCAGGUAUGGCCAGCGACACCCUUCCAUACUGCCCGGAAGGCCGCGUCGUGGCGUACGCUCUGGAUUGGUAUCGCCUUAUAGCUGUACCACAGUACCUUGUUUGUACAAAAUGCUACGAGGGUCAUGUCACAGGCACUCACCUCGCUAUUAAUUUUGAGCGGUACCAUUCCCCAGAAGGCACUGAAUCCAAGUGCGGCUUCUGGUCACCACGCGCGAGAGAGGUCCUUUGGCCCCGGGCCCUUCAGACCAACGACAUAGACCCUCUUCGGAUCUUUGCGGAGAAGACUCUGACAUUACCAAAGUGCAAAGGCAGAGUAUGGAGUACUGCUGCCGAUAAUGUCAAAUGGUGGGGCAUGAUAAACAACGAGGUUGAUGGAUUUAUUUCUUGCGAAACCUGUUACGAGGAUCGCAUUGUUGGCACAGCUUUUGAAAGACGUUUCUCCCCGUAUCGCCAACAAGGUCCCGACGAAAAUUGGAUGUGCGACUUGUGUAUUCCAUACAUUGCGACAGUGGCUGUGAAGAUGUUCAAGGCUAACAACUGGAGUGGGUUCACUGAAGCUGUCAAAUCGCGGGUUCAUCUCCCAGCAUGCGAAGGCAAAGAUGAAGAGUCCAAUAAUGGCCACUGGAUCCUUCCACGUCGCAGGAUCAACAACAUGAAAAUUUGUGAAGCAUGCUAUCUAGACAAGCUUGCUCUUACGCGCUUUGGUAAUGAGUUCGAGCGUCAUCAACGAGCUGAAGGAUUUGAUGCAUUUAUGGAGUCAUUGGGCCAGAAAUGGAAAUGCAGCCUUACCGACACGGCUGUCAACAUGAGCAUUGCCCUUGAGGCGGCUCUCUACCGUCGCGACUUUGAAGUAUUUUGGAACGCGGCUAGUGCUAUAUGUAGCCUUGUUCCUUGUACUGCGAAUGGUAUUAUUGGCGGAAACUGGUGGACCAUCGCUGGUGGCUGUCCCGACUUUGACGUUUGCGAGGCAUGCUACAAAGGAGCACUCCAGACGUCCAACCUCGAGCGCUUUUUCGAGCCUGCCAAACGUGACCCUACAGCGACCAUAACGUGCAACUUCUGUCCUAGCAGUCCGCGCUGGGGCACUUUCAUCACCAAGUUCGCCGAAGCAUUGGACAAGGGCAUUUUCAGCUACUACAGUGAUUAUGUCAGAAAAUGGGCAGGAGUACGGACUUGCCCUGGCAUCAAGAACAGAGACAAGAGUAAGUGGUGGGGACAUCCAGAAGCUUUAGCCUGCGAGGACUGCUGGCUGAACUUUGUUGCCGAUACUCCUCUUGGCGAUACUGUUCCAGUAAAAGGUGUCUACGACGAGCGGCCUUUGAUUUGCCAACUUUGGUCUCCUCGAAUGCGCAACAUGUGGCUCGCCGCCUGCGCAGCUGGACCUCCUGGAUCAUCAGAAUCACAAAAGGCUCUGGACGAGUUCCGUGCUUUCGGUACCAAGCGUGUUCAAGUGUACAAUGCUACGGUACCGCACAUAGAGAUGAUCCAAUCUAUGAUGAUGAUGAAGCGUAUGCAGGCAAUGCAGCAGGGUCAGUUGAGCCUCAUGUAUCAGGGGAUGAACGGUAUGUCAUCAAUAAUGGGAACAACUGAUGGCAAUUUGCAUGGCAAUAGUUCUAUUGGCUAUUAUGAAACUGAGAAUGGAGUUACAGCUGCAAAUAUGAUGAACAAUAUGCAUGCUGGGAUGGCGGAUUCGAACAAGAUGAGUGAUUGGAUGCAGAUGGCGCAAUUGCAAGCUACUUGGAUGGAGCCUAUUGAGAAGGAGGUGAGUACAUAUAUCACACCUAAUCGUUCAACGGACUGUGAUGCUGAAACCAUGUUUAGUUUGUGGACAAGUCUGCAAGUUACUAAAGACCUCAAUAUCCGAAUGUGGUUUACCGCCCGAACCGCUGGGAGAAGCUUUUCAGAAGGCCGAGGCAUAAGAGACCAAACUGACCGGUGA